AUGGUUCAAUAUCCAUUUCCGAUACCAAAUGGAUCGCCAUUCCCUAUAUCAAACAUUCCGUUCGGUAUUUUUCACACCGAGGAUAAUCUUGAUCCGCGACCGGGCACGGCAAUCGGUGACCAUGUUUUAGACCUUAGAAUCCUCAUCCAGAACGGCCUGCCCGUAGAUAAGUCCGUGAAAGAAGCACUGGAAUCGAGAUCUACUGGACAGUCUUCACUGAAUGCUUUUGCUGCGCUCGCAGCUAAUGUACGCAACUCUCUUCGAAAGGCCAUUCAAGAGGCUUUGCGAGAUGAAUCUUCCAUACUCUACCGAGAUGAUACCGGUGUCAUCGCAGCCGACCAAGUCACAAUGCAUGUCCCAAUGAGGAUUGGUGGCUUCACGGACUUCAUGUGCUCGCUAGAGCACGUUCAAACCAUGGGCAAAAUGGCAGGAUACAAUGAAGUCCCUCAGAACUUCUUCGAUCUACCAGCAGCAUACAACGGCCGAGCAUCAUCCGUCAUCGUCAGUGGCCAGAACGUAACGAGACCUCAUGGUAUCGUUCCUGGGCCGAAUGGCGCAACGUACGCUCCCAGCCAGAAGUUUGACUUUGAGCUGGAAAUGGGCGUUUUCAUCUCCAAUCCAAUCAAGUAUGGUGAACCGACUCCAGCGUCAAGAGCUCGUGACCAUAUCUUUGGGUUUGUACUUCUGAAUGACUGGAGUGCUAGAGAUAUACAAUUCUAUGAGAUGGCUCCGCUGGGACCAUUCAAUGGUAAGGCCACAGCGACAAGUAUUUCACCUUGGAUCGUGACGGUUGAGGCGCUGGAGGAGGUUGGUGCACUACUGACUACCGAAGAUCUGGGUUUGAGAGGAGGAAAGAGCACCACAAUACCGUUUCUUCAAUGUCAAGAUGAUGUCGCAGUAAGGGUUUCUACAUCAUUGUCUCGAAACGGAGUUACCGAAGACCUGCUCGGAAGAUCUGAUCUUAAACACCUCCACUGGUCUCCAUUUCAGAUGGUAGCCCACCACAGUAGCUCUGGAUGCGGUCUGGGAACUGGUGAUUUGCUCGGCACUGGUACUCUCUCAUCCAGCACGGAGCAGAUCAAAGAAUUUGGAAGCCAUCACGACCCAACUCGUAGAUCAGGAUGUUUGGCUGAGCUUGUGUUGGGUGGCACUCGGCCUUUCACCUUAACAAAUGGGUCUGAAUUGGUUUGGUUGGAAGACGGCGAUGUUGUUACUAUGGAAGGAUGGGCUGGUUCGGGAGAUCGUGUGAUAGGAUUUGGAAGGGUAUCAGCCAAGAUCUUGCCCGCCAAAGAAUUCCCUUGA